AUGGAGGCGCUUGCCCUUGACGAUCUAGGCAUGCCACCUCAAUGCUUCAAGUUGGUGUUCAACGGGCAGCCAAUACCUGCGAGGAGCGCCGAAGUGUUCAAGAUCGUGCAACGAGAUGCUGCAUGGCAGACGGUAUUCGAAGAGCAUCGCGCAGAUCAUCACAACAAGAUGAGCUGGUUCGAAACGAGGCGCAACGCCGGCUACCAGAUGAGAGGAUUUCCGGAAGCUCUCGCUGCGAUUGCUGACGAUACGUCCAUCGCUGCUCAGGGAUGGUCAAUGAAGGAAUGGGAGGAGCAAUGGAGUAAGCACGAACCUCGUACCUUUGAUGCUCAGGCGCCAUGA